AUGGCCGCUCUCGAUGCCAACACAGUGGACGAUGACUAUGUCGAUUCGUUUGCCUCCCUUGAACAUGACAAUCACCUAGCCAGCAUACCAGAUAUUCAUCUCAAUAACACCAACACCAACAACAAUACUUAUAAAUUAACUCCAAUAGGACAAUUCGUAAAAUCCGAUUCACCACCAGCAGACCUUCAUGAUAAUGAUCAUACUGUUGAAAAUGGAAGUGAUGACAAUAUUAAUCAAACACAAGAAUUGCCAUCGACUUCAUCUCAACCAAAUCCACAAAGUUUUUACUAUGAGAAAAAUUCUGCAACAAGAAGAAAAACACCAAAAUUUAAUAAUUUGAAUGAGGAAGAGGAGUUAAUGAUGGGAGAAAUGAUUGAAUUGGAUGAUGUUGAUUUGGGAUCACCUCCUUUGAAGAAUGGACCUUUUCAAAGUCAAUUGAGAAUGUUGGAUGAUCAUCAAACAAUUUCAACACCAACAGUUGACAGUUCGAAUGAUGACAAGCAUAAAUCAGUUUGGAGUGAUUUGGCAUUACAGUUUUUGAAAGGAGAUAUGGCUGAUGAAUUUUUGACAUUUGAAGAUGCUGAGGUAUCACCUGAAAUGUUGAAACUCUUACAUGAGAAUAAGAAGACAAUUGACAAUCGAAAAUUAUUAUGGAGAUUAUUAUCUGGUGGAUUUUUAUUUAGUUUUUUAUAUGCAUUGGGUGGAUGUUUCAUUUUCAUCUUGUUUGGAUUUUGUUUUUCAUUGCCUUGUGCAUUACAAUUAUGGAGAAUUGCCAAGUUUCUUACCUAUCCCUAUACGAAAUCAGAAACCUACUUUUAUUUACUAUGUUUAAUCAAUACUGAUCCUAAGAAUACCCCAUCAACUAGCUCAACACUUGACAGAAGAAUGUCAAUUGCCUCCUCAAUGACCACUCAAACCCUAGAUAGAAAAUAUAGUGUGACAACAGUCAAGGAAGCACGACAAAUCCUCUUCCAAGAGAAGGAAAAUAAGGGAAUUUUAUUGUGGAUUGCCAAUAUUGUUUGGUUAUGUUUAUUUGGUUGGUGGAUUGCCUUGUUGCAUUUGAUAUUUGGUGGGUUAAUGCUUGCCUCUAGAGUUGGAGCUGAUUUUGGAAAGAGACACUUGUCAUUGAUUAAAUUAGCACUAUUGCCAUUCGGUUUAUCAAUUAAGAAAUAG